AUGGCUUGCAAAAAUGUCAUCAAUCCACCACUCAUUAUUUUCAUUGCACUAACAUUCAUCUUGACCAACACCCUUGACCGGGUCAACGCAACGGACCCCGGUACGGGCCUGUGCAGGCAGACGACCCACAACGACCUCUGUCUGUCGAUACUCAAGGCCGAUCCGCGAUCCGACCUAAAAUUCAGCCCUAGCGGUGUGGCCACCAUACUCAGGGACAGCGCCCUGUCCACGUCAGCAGAUGCCGCCGCUAAAACUACCGACCUGUUAAAAAGCGCUAGUGACAAGCAGGAGAUCGCGAGCCUGAAGAGUUGUUCCGGAGGGUACUCGAGCGCGAUAUCGAGUUUGAAAUCGAUCAAGUUCGACGUGAUUGACCGUACGACUUAUCCGUCAAUGGUUGCGGCGGUUAACGCGGGCACCGUGGCGGGACGCGACUGCGAGGCUUCGUUUAAGAAAGGGGCGGGGGUUCCGUCGCCUUUGACGGCGGUUAAUGGGAGGUUGGGUGACGUUUGUGAUACUUUGUUGGAGAUUAUCAGUUAUGCGGUUGGGGAAGCCCUAAAUAUUGAGUAG